GAGACCUGAUCUCCCGGGUACAGGAGGCGCUAGGGCAGGCCAGAGAGAAGAUGGAGCCAGAGUCCCUGUACAACCUGCUGCAGCUCCCCAGCGAGGCGGCCCUGCCCACCGAGGAGCAGCUCCCGCCAGGAGCCAAGAAGAAAUACCUGCCCCCCAGUUCCCGGAAGGACCCCAAGUUUGAAGAACUGCAAAAGGUGCUGGUGGAGUGGAUCAACGCCGCCCUCCUCCCCGAGCACGUGGUGGUGCGCAGCCUGGAGGAGGACAUGUUCGACGGGCUCAUCCUGCACCACCUGUUCCAGAAGCUGGCGGGACUCCGGCUGCAGGUGGAGGAGAUCGCCCUGACGGCCGCGAGUCAGAGGCGCAAGCUGGAGSUGGUCCUGGGGGCCGUGAACCGGGCUCUGCAGGUGGAGGAGCCGCAGGCCAAGUGGAGCGUGGAGGCCAUCUUCAACAAGGACCUGGUGGCCACCUUGCACCUGCUCGUGGCCCUGGCCAAGCACUUCCAACCCAGCCUGCCCCUCCCAAGCAAUGUCCAGGUGGAGGUGGUCACCAUCGAGAGCACCAAGAGUGGCCUGAAGUCAGGGAAGUCCCUGGAGCAGCUCACCAGCUGCCGGUCCCACCCUUGCGAGGACCAGCCUCCGGAGGACGUCCUUGAUGAACUCCUUAAGCUGCCUCCAGAGAAGGUGCGCGCUGUGGAGGAGGCCAUCGUGAGCUUCGUCAACCACUCGCUGCAGAGCCUGGGCCUGGCCGUGCAGAGCCUCAGUUCCCAGUUUGCAGACGGAGUCAUCCUGCUCCUGCUGAUUGGACAACUGGAAGGCUUCUUCCUACACCUGAAGGAGUUCUACCUCACCCCGAGCUCUCCUGCAGAGAUGGUGCACAAUGUCACCCUGGCCCUGGAGCUGCUGAGGGACGCGGGCCUGCUCAGCCACCCCAUCAGCCCUGAAGACAUUGUGAACAAGGACCCCAAGAGCACUCUGCGGGUGCUCUACAGCCUGUUCAGCAAGCACAAGCUCAAGGCCACCCCCUGUGGCACCCUGCACUAGCCGUCACAUGGCCCCAGCGCGGUUCUUGACAACCCGCCAUCUGGACUCUGCUGGAGGGUCCGACCGAGGGACCCCCUUAGCCCAGCAAGUUCCUGCCUGAGCCACCCCACUGCUGUCUGCGCCACUUGAACGGCCUGAGCCACCAGGUGGGGUCCCUUGAGGCCAACCCCGGCCUGGCUCAGGGACUCUAACUACAGUGUCCUGGGGCUUCAGAGCCUGGGGGUCCUGGGCGGCAGGAGCCCAGCAGUGCCCAUUUCUCCCAGGCUCUCGGCUCUCAGGGGUCAGGACUGACAGCCGAGGUCCUAGGCUCUGCACAUUCUGCUGCCCGUCUGCCCCACUCAGGGUGACAGCCCAGGACACCCCCCCGAGGCAGGAGUUGUGACUCCAAAGACAAGGAGCCUGUUGCUCCGGAAGCUGCCUUGGAGCAUGCCCAAGAAUCUAGGCCCCGACACCCCAACAGCCACGGUGUGGCUUUGCCCCAAAGUCAUGCCGCAGACAUUUCCAUGGUUGAUAGAGGGUUGGGGUCAUCUCCAGUCUGUCCCCAGGGAGCAUCCUCCUCAAAGGGUGAAAAACUCAGAGGAGAGCUGGGCACAGCUGUCCCCUCCAGGACCGGCUGGAGAGGCCUGGAGCUGCCCUCGGGCGGGAGCAGCUGGCUCCUCCCCACGCUGCUCUGCCGGGCCCAGCCCCCGUGGAGAGAGAAGCUUCCAGAACACAGAUGAACGGCCUUGCUCUGGGAGGGCUGUGGAGCGGGGGCUGGCUGGGCCAGGCCCCCCACCCAUCAGCUGGGGGCUCAGGAGGACGUCCUGCAGGAGGUGACGUGGGAGCUGGGAUGGGGAGGGGGCCCGGGGGCUCACAGCCCCGUCCGAUGACCCCGCUUCACUUUUCCACAUCCUGCUGCCUCCGGAACAUGUCCCCCUCCCACUCCAGGAGUGUCCCCCUCUGUGGAGCCAGGCUGGGUCCCCUCCAGUGAGACGCUCCCCUCCUGGAACCCCUGAUGCCUCUCACCCUGUCCACACCAGGCUUCAUGGGUGAAUGCCCCAAAUCCACGCCCCGUCCUGGGGUCCAGGCCUCAUGUCCAGCAGGCUGGCUCCACGUGGCCGCUCCAGGUCUUCACCUUGCCCUGCUGGACAGCAAAUUUUUAAGAUAAUGAUUAAAAAUCGAUUUUUUCAGCCAGGCAUGAUGAUGUACGCCUGUAAUCCCAGCUCCUUGGGAGGAGGCUGAGGCAGAAGGAUCCCAAGUUGAAGGCCAGCCGUGGCCAUGCAGUGAGACCCGGCCUCAGAACACGGUGCAAAGGGAGGAGUGCUGGCCUGGCCCGUGCCGAGCCCUGGGUUCCAUCCCCAGCACCACACACACACACACACACACACACAUGAAAAUCGAGUCUUUGUUGCUUCGCUAAGGGACCCACAGUUGGUAAAAUCUCCCAAUGGAGGCACCCAGUCUGAUGAGUCUCCACGAGAGCGUACAGUCUCGAAACCCCAGGAAGAUGGAGGCAGGGAAUGGUCCCACCACCCACAGGAGCCCUCGAGCCAGCCCCUUCCCCGAGUCCUGGCCCUGGGAACUGCCAAUCUGCCUUCUGUCCCCAUCGAUUUACCUUUUCUAGAAUUUAAAUAUAAAUGCACCAGAGAGGGUGUAG